UUAUUUAUAUAAUUAAAUCAAUUUUUUGUUUGUUUUAUCUGAGUGUUCCAGGGUAUUCUCUGAAUACCUUGAAGGCCCUGAUGGUUUGCCACUGGCGGACGGGGGCAUCCAGGCUUAACAGGUUAAUGACUGUGAUAAACUUCACUGACAGCUGCCCCUUUAAGAUGUUUUGUUUGUUUAAGUUAAUUAUUUAAUUGACUAUUGAAACUUUGAACUUGGUGAACUGUUGAACUCUGCUUACACUUUGUGCACACAGGGAACCAAAUUGUGCUUUCUGACUGUUGUUUUUGAGCAGGGAGUUGGGGUUUUAACACCUCGAUGUAUAGAUAAAAGCUCCACUGCCAGACAAUGGAACGCAUUCACAUUUGUGGUUCUUAGAAAAUAAACAUUGUAAGAUCUUUGACCAACAAAAGCUUGAUUGCCGAUACACUGAGACAUUAUCAGUGUUGUAAAGAAGUACUUUUUGUACUUGAGUAAAAGUAGCAAUACUAAAUGUUAUAUCAUCAGUGUUUACCGUAUAGCUACUGCAAACACUUUUUAAUUGAUAUGCUUCAAUCGGACUAAAUCAGAAUUGUAUUGCUACACUAGACAGUAGGACACACCUCUUUGGUCACAUUAUACAUAUUAAUAAUAUUUCUCUAAGCAAACUUGUGACAAAUAUUGGCAGUUAGCGCAGCGGUUUUAAAUAAGGACAUUGGUUUUGCUUCAUUCAAACAGUAGUUUGUUCUUUAUAAUUGCAACUGAUCUGCAAUGAAUAAGCAAUAACACAAUGUGUUACGUCUUUGAAAAUAAAAGUAGGCUACUCAAAAUGAAAAAAUAAGCUUUAUUUGUUGUACCUUUUUUAGGUUUCCAAGCACAGGAGAGUUGAAGGAAAAGUCAGACCAUGUCUACAAACACAGGUGAAGAACAUGCAGUCCUAAUCACCUUUCUCUCCAAACUGGGACUGGAGAUAUUUUAUCCCAACAAGCUCACUCUUCGGUCUCUAUUGGAGAUCAACAAAAACAGCAUAAAUGAAGAAGCUGCCUCAUCAGUACAGAAAAUACCUUGGUGCUUUCUCAGUAAACUAUUUAAACUCAAUGCAGAAUGCAGGGGCUGUACACAAGGAUCAAACAGUGAUGAUGAGGAAGAAAGCAGUGAUCCCUUUGAUCGUGAUCCUUUCACUGCUGAUGAAUCUGCAGACGAUAGGGUUAACCCUCUCGACCUCGUAACAGCACUCUUCCUUUGUGCUGACAGCUUCUUGCAACAGGAAAUGGCCCUCAAGAUGUCAAUGUGCCAGUUUUCUGUCCCACUGCUGAUGCCCCAUGUCAAUAACAGUCAGAGUACCCUGAUGCUUUGGGCUCUGAGGGACAUUGUCAAAGAGUGGUGUCCCCACCUGUCUGAAUCAAGAGGCUUUGUUGAAAACCACAUUGUCCAAGCAAAGAUACCAUUCUUUUCCUUUGUGAGGCUCCAUAAUUGUAGUUUGUCCAAGACCCAGAUUUUGAAUCAAGUUCUCAGCCUUGGCCAGCAGAAUCACAAUUACUUCAUACACAGAGACAUGAAAGGAGGAGCAAUUGAAAGACACAUUGCCAAUGGCUUGGCUGAGGUGUGCUGGUACCUUCCCAGAGGCAGAGAACAUCCUGAUGUAUUUCCAGACCCAAUUGCCUUCGCCAAUCUGAGAGGAAACAUUUCUGAGUCACUUGCUCAGUUCACUUUUCUGUUUCAAGUGUCAACUGCUACCUUUGUUUUCCUGGACACAAUUGAAAAAGAGGAGCAUGAGAUUCUGACUUCUCUUCAAGAUGUGAAAUCCAAACUGUUCUUGGUUGUUAACCGCAAGGAUGGAAGUUCAAAAGAGGACAUGGAGUCUGUCAGGAAAACAGUGAAAGAAUUAGGUUUGCCAAACAGCAGUGUGAAAGUUAAAGACCCAAGAGUAAAUGUUGUGGAGUUUUCAGAGAAACUUUCUGCCGCCAUUAACAAGAUAACAGUUGAAACACUACCAAUGAGCAUUGAAAAUAUGGUUCAGAAAGCUGUUGAUUUUGGUCUGUCUGUGGACGAAUACACAAGUGAUGACCAAAAGAAAACCGCUGAAAAGCUUGUCAAAGGAAUUAGGGCGCAGAAGAUACCAGAUUACAAGAGAAAACAGCUUCCUCUGCAAGGCGCUGACUGGAAAAGGUUAUCGCAGUUAGAGAAAAAGGAAUGUAGCUUGAAAACACAUGGUAAUGGUAAUCUAGCACCUGAAGAAUAUAAAUCUCAGCUACAGAGAGAACAACAACAAAUCAAGGAGAGGCUUGGAAAACAGAAACUAUCAGAUGAUAUGGAGACUUUCAUUAAACAGUUACCUAAAAAUGAAAAUGACAGCAAGAGCAGAGAUUUUUUCCUUAAGUGGAUGAAACUCAAACUGGAUGCACAUUCCCGGGAUCAGCUAUCUUCACUCCGCCAUCAGUGGAAAGACAAAAUCAACGAAGAGAACAAAGAUGUGAAAGAGAUUAAGAAGCUGGAUCAGGAGAUGCUGGAAAGCUCUUUAGGGUUAGAGCAUUACAUGAGAGAGAUGGGACUGAUCUAUGAGUUUUCCUCUCAAAACUCUGCUGAUGAAGUACAUCGUCUCCCUGGUUUGGCAGCUGAACUGCUGUUGGAUGGAUAUCCUUUAGAGCUCUUGGAUGGAGAUGCUUCCAACAUCCCAGAGAAAUGGGUGACAGAUGUACUAAUGGAGCUACACAGGAAGGUUGGAGAGAAGAGCAGACUGUUGGUACUGACCGUGUUGGGUGUUCAGAGCACCGGGAAGUCAACACUCCUCAACACCAUGUUCGGUGUGCAGUUUGCAGUCAGCAGUGGCAGAUGCACAAGAGGAGCGUAUAUGCUCUUCCUCAGAGUAAGUGAUGAUAUGCAACACCAGCUGAACUGUGACUUCAUAGUUCUCAUUGACACAGAGGGCCUCAAGGCUCCUCAGUUGGCACAACUAGAAGACAGUUAUGAGCAUGACAACCAGCUGGCAACCUUUGUCAUUGGUUUAAGUGAUGUGACAAUUAUCAAUGUUGCUUCAGAGAACUCCACAGAAAUGAAAGACGUGCUGCAAAUUGCAAUCCAUGCAUUCCUGAGAAUGAAGGAAAUUGGUAGAAGGCCAAUUUGUCAUUUUGUUCACCAGAAUGUUGCUGGAGUCUCCGCUCAUGAAAGGACCUUGACGGAGAGACAGCAUCUCUUGGACCAACUCAAUGAAAUGACAGAAAUUGCUGCUGAAAUGGAAAAGCAUCCCUCUAUAAAGAGAUUCACAGAUGUGCUGGACUAUGAUAUUGCAAAAAACAACUGGAACAUCCCCGGACUCUGGCAUGGGACUCCACCGAUGGCAUCAGUGAACACAGGUUACAGCGAAGCUGUAGCAGAUUUCAAGAAAAACCUCUUGGAGACAGUGAAAAAAGACAAAACCGGUGAUGUUUCACGGAUUCCACAGUUUCUAGAAUGGGUAAGAAGUCUCUGGAAAGCAGUCAAAUAUGAGAACUUCAUCUUCAGUUUCAGAAACACUCUCGUGGCUCAGGCUUAUGACAACCUUUGCAAGGAGUUCAAUGAAUGGGAAUGGGAGUUCAAAAAAGACUUGAUCUUUUGGCAGGAUGGGGCAAAGUUAGAGAUCUUAAAUUCUGACAAUGAAACUCAUGUGGAAACUUUGAAGAUAUUGGUUGCCUCAAAAAAAUCACAGUUGUUGCAGAAAAUAGAAGAACAAAAAGAAAUGGAGAAUAAACUUGAUGACUACUACAAAAGGAAAGACAUACACGUGAGUCUGAUAGAGAAAUACAAAAUUGACUUUAUCAACCGUAUCAGAAGUCUUAAAGACGAAUUCCAACAUUCGGUAAACAAUGCAUUGGAUUUUGCGCUUCACGAAAAAAAAAGUUCAAAAGAGGCUCAGGACAUUCAGAGCAAACACAGAGAAAUGAUUGAAAAAGAAGUAAUGAAACUCUUGAGUGAUCGCGAACACCGCAGACUUUCUGAUGAACAGUUGAAACGUGACUUUCAACAGAUGUGGACAAAAGUCACAGCAAACGUGUCUGGCCUGAAAGAACUAAACAUAUCUGAUAAAAUCCUUGAACAGUUGAGGAUACAUUUCUCAAAUCGUAACUUCAAUGAGGAAUUACAGAACAUUACAGACCUAAAGGACAUAGGAAAGAAUCAAUUGAUGAUCAAAUCUGAACAUGUAAAAGUAGGUUGGAAAGGUAUGGCAGUCUGGCAAAAAGAAGAAAAAAAAAGAGAGUUGCAAAGUUUUGCAGACACUGCCAUUGAGUCUUGCAGACGGUCUGUACGUGGUAUUGCAAAAACCGACGCAGACUACCAUGACUCUUUUACAAAGGAUCUUUUGGAAAAGGUAGAUGAAUCCCUUACAGGAAACACUUUCCAGCCCAAGUUUGAGAUUGACCUGAAACUUCACAUUUGUGGCAUUGCCUCAAGAGAGUUCCUUCAAAUGCACAAACAUUUCUUGUCAGCAAGGGAUCCCAGAAUUCAGCUGGAGAAGUACAGGCCACAGUACUUGUUGGAUUUUAUCGAUCUAUACAAAAAGAGAGAUGAUUGCCAACGCAAAGCAGAUGAUUUUGUCAGACUUUGUAUCAAACCUGCUGUGGAAGAGUACAUCAGUAGACAUCUGGGAACUAACAUUGUGGAUCAAGUUUUGGCAGGCCGCCAUUCAGCAGAGUACAGUUCACGAAACUUUUUACAGUACAACAUUCAGAAAGAGUUGCUGCAAAAGGAAGACUUUCAGAGUUUUGUCAAGUUCAUUUGUAAAUAUGAAAUAUAUGUAAAGGAUUUGAUAUUUCAGCACAUCUUGCAAGAAAUGUCAGAGGAUAAAGCUUUAUGCAAACUGAAAAGUGAGAAUCUGAAAGUCAUAGUUAACAAAAUAACAGAUGCAACUGAAAGGGCCUCAAAAGGAGAGGAUGGUGUCCUGCUGCCAGAUAACAAGGAAAGCAUCACAGAGCUCAUCAAAAACAUGCGCACAUUUUUGACCAAAGAUGUCUCUCUUUCAGAAGAGGCUCAAAAAACCGCCCUGUUUCAAAUCCAAAGCACAUGCCAUCCAUUUAAAGAGAGCCUCGUCAAAUCAUUGAGUAAAAUGAAUGAACAGCUGCAGGAGGAGUUCUCAACAUCUGAAGACAUCACAGAGACUGUGAACAAACUUCCAACCAAACCAGAGGAUGAGCUUUUCAAUCGGGUGUGUGGUUGUGGACAACAAUGUCCAUUUUGUAAAGUUCCUUGUGAAGCCGGAGGUAAAAAACAUAAGAAACAUCAUGCAGCUGUUCAUCGGCCACAAGGUCUCGGUAGAUACAGCUAUGAAGACUCUGAGAAGCUAGUGGAAACACUGUGCACAACUGAUGUUCACAGUGAGCGUAAAUUCAGAUGUGCAGACACUAAUGGAGAGUAUCAUCCUUACAAGGACUACAGCACGAUCUACUCAGACUGGCUCAUUCCUCCAGACUACACCAGGGAGGCAUCUGACUACUGGAAGUAUGUCCUGGUUAAAUACAAUGAGAGAUUUGCCCAAGAAUAUAACGCCAAGCCAGCUGAUGUUCCAGAAGCAUGGAGGAAAAUUACAAAGGAACAAGCACUGAAAGGCUUGAAGGAAGCCUUCAACAUUAAAGACAAACCUGCAAAAUCUCUUUAACAAGAGAGAGACAACCAGAAGGAAACAGGAACUGAACACGCCAGGGCAAAAACACAGAACAGAUGAACACUGUUGUGAUAAAGUUGACUGCACCGUGAUCUUUAGUGGCAUCCUGGGGUUUGACGAUCACUAUUAUUGACAACUGUUGAUUUUAAGAAGUUGCAGAGAAGUUCAAAAGAUAGUUAUGUGUGGCGUGUUCUUUUUAACAUUACAAAUGUUUUGUUUUCCUUCAUCAAUCUUCAAUAAGACCUCAUGGACAAUGAUUGGUAUGCUGAUGAUAAUGCUAACAAAAAAGAGGAACAAUUCUUUAAAUCUUUAUUGUUUUUUUUUUCUUCUAUUUUCAAGAUGUUGUUUUCCUCUGGGUGUAAUGACUGGCGUAACAACAAUGAUUCUGAAAAUGAUGUACGUCAUAGUCCACCUGAAGAAAGACAUCAUGUUAUUUUGUUUUUGUCAUUUUAGUUUUUUGACUGCUACAUUUAUUUUCAGUAAACUGUUAAACGUAGUGCGUUAUAACUGGAGUGCACAACAAAGAGAUGUCAAUGAUGAAGAUGCUUUACUACAAAGACCGUGUUGGAGACAAAGAGAUGUUUUGUGAUGUAAAUUUCCACAUGACUCAUGUGUUGCUUCACAUUUGAGCUUUUAAGUAACAAGUUUUGCAGAUAACAACCAGGAGGAAAAAUGUAUUUCAUACCAGUCUGAGAAUAAUACAUAACGAUACAAAUGAAAUUGUUUUCUUGUUUUAUUCAUUCCUUGUGUUCAUGCAAUGAUGUCUAAAGACCAUGUGAUGAGAUCAUGUUUGUGUUUGUUUUUACUACUUAGUAUUACUUUCUCCACAGUUUUUCAUUUUUCAUUUUAUUAUUCAACAUUUAUUGUAAAUAUAAACGUUGAAGUGUUCUUGGAGAGUACAUAAGCCAGCCUCAGUUGAAGUACUGUAAGUGCAUGUUGAUGACGUUUUGCUUCAUGUGCAAAUACUGUGGCAUCCUUCACAUCUUGUUGAUGAGGAACUUUUGAUUUUCAUUCUUUUAACGGAUAAUGAUGUGAUGAACAAGUCAGAAAGAAGGACUGAUUGCUCAGAUUACACGAGUUUUAUUAUUUGAUGAUUGCAGCUCUUUUCAUAAAGACUAGUGCACAAAUAUAAAGAAGCUGAUGUUGUUGAUGAUGUUAAAAUACAAGAACAGAGAAACAGAUGUUGUCUCAUAUGUCUUCAAUAUGUUUACUGUUAUAGUUUCAUGCAAGACAUUUUUAUCAUUUAUAUAUUUUAAUGUUUUUUUGUAAUAUUUUUGAAAAACUCUCAACGCCGUGUGCACAACAUGAUGAUGUAGGCAAAGACUAGUGAUGAGAUCAUGUUUUAUCUACUUUUAUUUGUACUACUUAUUAUUACUUACUCAACUAUUUACAUGUUUUGUUUUAUUAUACAACUUUGCUUAAUGCACAAAGGCCAUGAGAAACAGAUGUUAUCUAAUGGCAUCACUAUUCUUCAAUAUGUGUACUGUUAUAGUUUCAUGCAAGACAUCGUUAUCUUUUCAUUUAUAUGUUUUACUUUUAAAUAUUCCAUUUGUUUUAUUAUUUUCAAAUAAUUAGCUUAAAGAACAUUAUGCUGUGUGCACACUGUGAUGUUGAGGGUCUGUGUCGUACAAAGACCAUGUGAUUAAAUCGUGUUUUACUUACUAUUAAUAUUCUUCUUAUUUUCAACACUUAUUGCAUCCUUAGAGCUUAAAGUACAGAGACCAUGAGAAACAGAUGUUUUCUAACAUGUACUCAUUAUUCUUUAAUAUGCUCUACUGUUUUGUUUACUUGAAGUUAAGUCAGUAAUCUAAACAAGCCAACAGCAGAGAAUACUGUUGAUCAUGGUAUUGAUAUUUUCAGAUAUAUUAAAAGUUGAUCCAGAAAAGAAAGUUGAAAAAUAUAUCGUAUAUAGUUUCACAUUUAUAUCCUUUUUUUUGUUGUUACUUGUAUUCAGGUUGACAAACAUAAAGUUGUGUGCAUAAUGGAAACCAACAAAAAUGAUAUGUUGUCAGAUCCUAUGAAAAAAAAAUUGUUGAAGCAAAUAUAACAAUAAAAUGAUUCUGAUCAAA